CUCUUUCGCAUUCUCAACUACUCUCUUCACUACCAAACCCCCCAAACCACUUCAACUUAUCACAAUGGCUCCCAAGUCUGUUGCUUCCAAGGCUCCUGCUUCCCAGGCCUCCAAGGCCCCCGCUGCCGCGUCCAAGGCUCCCGCCAAGGCCGCUAAGACUUCUGCUGCUCCCAAGGACGGUGCCAAGAAGAGGUCCAAGAAGAGGGUCGAGUCUUACUCUUCUUACAUCUACAAGGUCCUCAAGCAGGUCCACCCCGACACUGGUAUCUCUAACAAGGCCAUGGCUAUCCUUAACUCUUUCGUCUCUGACAUUUUCGAGCGAAUUGCCACUGAGGCUUCCAAGCUUGCUUCUUACAACCACCGAUCUACCAUCUCUUCUCGAGAGAUCCAGACCUCUGUCCGACUCAUCCUUCCUGGUGAACUCUCUAAGCACGCCAUCUCUGAGGGUACCAAGGCUGUCACCAAGUACUCUUCUUCCAAGUAAACGGUGGUGGCGUAGGGUUGUAGAGCUUUUUUUGUAUCGUGCGCUAGUUUGCUAGUGUCACUAUCUUUUUACUUCGUCUUCGCUAGUCUUCUUUGACAUGAAUGUCCUGUUUCAUGA